AUGAUAAAUGUUGACAAGAUUUCUAAAUAAAGGUAGACAGAGAAGAACCAAGCCUAUCAAAGUCAAAUUUAAGAAAACAGAAUAAUUCUGGUACCAAUCGUUGAUCAGUAAAAUGAAUAAAAUCAGACCUUCCCCUAAAAUGACAAGCUAUAUGAAGAAGUAGAAGAGGAAUAAGUGAGAUUUGAAGACUAUCAAAAUUCGGUAGUAGUUCAGAACUUGAGAAGAAAUGCUAAAGCGUCUUUUGAUAGACUUUUGGAAUUGAAUAAAUAAGCAUUAGAACGAAAUUAAAAUUACUAAGAUGAGGAAGUUAAAUAUUAUGAAACUCACAAUAAACUUCUAAUACUAAAGUUAGGUUAAUUAUAUUAAGAAAAUCUUAAGGAAAAAGAUAUGAGCUUAAAAUAACAACAGGAAUUUUACGAAUAGCUAUAAAAUAAGCGAGACUAAUUUAGUGAGCAAAAUUAUGCUUACAAUGAAAUUAAAGAGUAUCAAUACAAUCUACUUCCUAGUGGUUAGCCAGUAUUAGAUUAGGAACUAGACAAUAUAGAUGAAAAUUCAUUGUAAAUGCUUGAGGAUUUCUCAAAAUAAAUGAAUAUAUAUUGCACUGAAAAUGUGAUUCCUUAGAUUGGACAAAUGGACUUGAAAAUAAAAUCAAACCUUAAGGAUACUAAAAAGUAAAUACUCUCAAACUAUGAAGAUAUAAUCGUUGGAUUUGUAAGAACUUUAAACUAUUCAUAUUUUAAUUAGAAAUAGAAGGAUAGAAUAAGAUCUCUAGAAAAUUCUAUGGAAAACAUUUAGGAGCUAAAAUCAGAAAUAUAUUUAAGGCAUUAGUAAUAAUCUAAAGAGCAAGAUGUGCUGGUGACCAAUAAAAUAGAAGAAAUCAUAUAUUCAGACUUUAUAGGUUAUUAAAGAGAGUACAACAGCCAUUUAGAAACUCUCCAAGCUGAGGUGUAUGGUUUAUGUACUGUUUUCGAAAGAAUCUCAAACAUUUACCAAACUGACUAUUCUGUUUAGCUAAAAAAGUUUAUAUACCAGACUUAGAGAGACUUAUAUGAGGGAAAAUCUGAUGAAAAUGAGAGAUAGAAGCUUUUCCAUCAUUUGACUUUUGAUAAUUAAGAUUUACUUGGUUAUAAUCUAGUAAAAAAUAUUGGCCAAAAACACCAUGCCUAACCAUGUAAUUUGCAAAAAUCAUUCGAUGAUAUAUAUGAGAGAGUUUUAUUUAAUCUAUUUGUGAGAUAAAAUAAUAUUCCUCUAUAUUUAUAUGGGAAAUUACAACUUUUCUUUGGAAGAAGGAUACUCAAUAACCUAAAAAAAGAUUACCUUGACAGAUACCUUGAAAAAUCAGAGGAUUCAGCAUUUACUAGAUAAUUGAAACUACUAAAAUAUACUUAACAGUAAGUGGAAGAGGGCAAUUUAUAGUCAGCACUUUAUACUAUGGACUAAUAUGAUAAGAAUGUGAGAAUUUAAUUCGAUGACUGGUAUAAGCAAGUUCAAGAGCGAGUUCAUACUUAAGAGCUGAUUGAGAUUUUGAGAGUGCAUGCUGAGUAUGUAAAGGAAUAGGGACUCCACCAGUUCAUUAAAGAUACUGAAAUUUGA